CCGAAAGAAGGAGAUAAUUCCGUGUCUGACACGGGUAUCAGGGCUUUAGGAGCAAUCGUUGCUCAUGGUGUCGGCCUAUUUUCUGAUGGUGUUAACGAUGAAAACGGAAUUUUGCGGAAAGUGGCAAAAUUCUUUGUGACGAGGCAUGACAUUCCGUCGUUGCGAACAGCAUCCGAAGUCACGGGGGUCUUGCUUAAGAGUCUGUCGAAAAUGAAGACCAGUGAUUGGAAUGGAACCAUCGGAAAUGUCGUACGAUCCUUUAUUGACUGUAUCAUUGGGCAUGUUGAAAAGCUGGCCAAGGAUUCAGUUCGUUUCAUUCGAUGCGCUCAGAACAUCCAUUUACAUUUCCCUACGAUUGCGGGGAGGUUCUUGAAUCAGUUGACGUUCAUUCUGCCAUCAUUGGAUGUCGAUUCGAAAGCGACUUGCCUUGACUUGAUUGCUACGGGCAUUGAUGUCCAGUCGACUUAUUCCAAUGCCGGGGAAUUGGACAAAUACUUUUUGGGGAAGACUGUCGAGGCGGACAGUCUCAUAAAAGACAAUCCCUCGGCUUUUGCCUGGUCUAUUAAGCUGCAAGAUACCAUGAAGCUUAGAUCCGAACUUUUCUUGGCUGCAUUGCGUCGCGGUGUUGCAGACUCUGACUCGUUCCUUCGACACAAGUGUCUUUCCUUUUGGUCAGACAAAGCGGAUCAAUUCCACUCCAUCGCCGGUCGACUCAUCGACGUCCUGCUCGCCAUUCACGCUGCGGAAACCGAGUCCCGUCUUUUACCCAACGUACUUUACCUCGUCCUGCAAACCACGGCCCAGAGUCCCGACUAUGAAAGGUCGCCAUUUCCUCGUCCGCUGCUGAAUGACGCCGAAUAUACGCCGUAUGCCGUGGUGGCGACUGCGCGAAGAAUGCGUGGCUCAGCGAAGCCUUUGUUUGCUUCUGUGGGAAGACUGAGUAGUCGAUUGGGUGGUUCUCAGGCGAGUGUGUUUGAGGCGACGGUGAUGAGGAGUAUUAGAAGCGGAAGUGUGGGUGAAAAACGAGGAGGCGGAGAAAUGGUUCCUUCGGGCAGUGUGAAUGGGCAUUUUGAUAUCACGCCCACGCAGGCUGAUGGAGGGAUGGAUUGGGUCACUCAGCAAACGUUUGAGAAUCCGUCAUUUGAUGGCAGUCAGCUUCCAUCCUAUUUAACGCCGGCAUCUCGGCGUAAAACUGUCAAACGUACCCAUGAUGUGGCUUUCAAAUUGCCUAAAGCCCCCGGAAGUAGCGAUGGUAACACGGGAAAUGACAGUUUCAAGCUCAUCAAGCGGAGGUUUGUCAAAUCCGAAGACGUCGCCGAUCGUUCUCUUGUCUUCAAGAAAAUGGAAGAACGUCGAAAGGUGAAGGAAGAGCGAGAAUCGGAGCUGAAACGUAUUCAGCGUGUUGAGGAAGUGCAUUUACUAAAAAAUUACGCAGCUGGACCUGUGCCGGACAUUCAAAUGCCUUACAAGGAUCUCGUCAGACCUUUGCAAGCAUUGGCCGAGGCGAGGGUUGACCUCGUUCUGAAAUCGUCCACAUUACCGCAUGCUCCAGUUGUUGCAUCAAUCUGUGACGUUUUAUGGUCCGUUAAUGGAAAAAUAGACGUGGUCUCCGGACAGCUAGUGCGAUGCUCAAAUAGCACUGGAGAACAGUUCGCUGCUGCAGCUGCACUUGAAGAAGCAUUAUACGACAGCUUGAAAGAGCCGGAAGUUUGCAAAGGAAUCCUGAAUAUGAUCAAAGUCACAGAUAAAUUUUCCGACGCGGUUCAAUCGGCUCUCGCAAAAAACUUCGCCGAUUUCAAAAAAUAUCAAAAGGAAAUUUUGCAAGGAAAAGGUUUGGUAACGAAAGACGAAGCCGGGGUUUUGAGCAGUUUCUCUGAUCACUUGGAUGGAGUUGUGGCAAAAACACUUUUCUCGGCCAUCAUCAGUGGAAUCGCCAGAGAAACGAAAAUGAAAGACUUUUUGAAAAAAUUUGGCGCAGGGGUUGACCUCGUUCUGAAAUCGUCCACAUUACCGCAUGCUCCAGUUGUUGCAUCAAUCUGUGACGUUUUAUGGUCCGUUAAUGGAAAAAUAGACGUGGACUCCGGACAGCUAGUGCGAUGCUCAAAUAGCACUGGAGAACAGUUCGCUGCUGCAGCUGCACUUGAAGAAGCGUUGAUCUCAAAGUUGCCUAUUUCGUGGCAUUUCAAGGAAUACGACUUCGAGAUAGAUUCUCCGAAGACGAAGACGGGAAAGCUGAUCUGGCUCUGUCUACUGGAGCUGCGCCAAGUUAGCCGUCUCGCAAAAAACUUCGCCGAUUUCAAAAAAUAUCAAAAGGAAAUUUUGCAAGGAAAAGGUUUGGUAACGAAAGACGAAGCCGGGGUUUUGAGCAGUUUCUCUGAUCACUGCGCUGUAACCACCGGGAGUGUUGCCGGUCUCUGCAAGUCCAGAGGGAAUAAUUUGAAUUGGGUCUGGGACGUCCCCGAGUUUCUGGAUAGAUAUCUCCCGAUGCUGUUCAGGACGUCGCUGAAAAAAGUCUUACUGCAGGACGGUCCCGAGAGUAAAUUAAUCGGUGAAUUCAAGAUAUUGUUCGAUUUCGUGAAAGAUGCGGAAAAUGGGCCAGAUUCGAGCGAAAGAAGAGAAAUUCUCGAAGUGGGUUUCGCAUUCGAAAUGGCGCUGAUUGAGUUCAAGCACAAAAAUUUUGUGGUUGCCCGAAGAUUGAUUGACAAACGAGCUCUUGGAGGAUUGGCGGCUCAAUGGGCGGUUGCUACCAGCGAUCGAAGAGAACGAAUCCUGGAUCUUCACCGACUGGUCGAUUUAAAAACUAUAUUGGAGAUUUGCACCGAGCCAGAUUGGAAGCAGUUGUCGCUGUACAAAUCCCUUUUGUUGUUCUACGUCAAGCACGUGGAGAAAACUUUCCCGAAAAAGUUGGAUGAUGAAGCUAAAAAGGCAAAGUUUCGUUUGGCAUUCCAAGUGGCGAAAGUUGCUGGGGAUGGCAGAAACAUGGAGGACUUUGAGAAAUGGCGCAGGCGAGCCGAAGACUUCGCUCGAGGUUCCGCUGAAAAGGCUGAAGUACGGCUGCUAGAAAUCAAGCGGAAGUUGUCCGAUUCUGAACUUCUGCCGAGUGAUGAAGAUGCUUUUAAAAAAGCUGUGGAUUCUUGGAUUUCGUGGGAUAAUGUUCCUGAUGACUCGAUGUAUUGGGAUUACCGUGCAUUUGUGGCACAGUUCGUUGCUUCAAAAAUACUCACAAAAGAGGAAGUUUUUGCUGCGUUUGCCGAAGAUUGGUGGCGAAAUGUCGGGGAUGCUUUUGGAUUCACCGAUACGUCGAGCCCCCGAAAAAUUCUGGAUGGUUUGUUACUUUGUUCCUGGCAGCAACUGAAAAAGUGUGUCGACGAGAAGCCGGAUGACGUUGUAGCCUUAAUGCGACUGUUGAACUUCUGUCACGAGAACUUGACGCAAUGGCGGACAGACGAAAUUCCUCUUGCAAGAUCUGCGAUGGAAUCUUUGCUUCGAGCACUGAAAAACGAGUCGAAGGAUGCCUGGCAAAUGAUUCCUGUCGGGCUGCAGUUGCUGGUGAACCAUGCUAAUGACACUGCCGCAGUUUUCUCAGAAAAUAUUUCCGGAAUCCCGGAAUGGAUGUUCUUGCACUGGAUUCCUCAGAUGACAGGAAUGUUGAAUUUGGUGGAAUCCGCCCCACUGAGACCAUUAUUGCUGACAUUGGUGGAAAAUUAUCCGAAGGCAGUAUAUUUUCCGUUACGCUGUUCAGCCGAGUCCUGGAAAUUUCGCUGUCAGUUCAAAGAUGCCGAAUGUUACGAAUUUUGUUCAAGGCUGAUGAAAUUAGUUGCCGAUGACGUACUCGAAGACCUGGUUACUUCGCUUGGCUUCGUUUCCAGCGCUUCGGUAGUUCUGCAAGCUUUCAAAGAUAACAUCAAGCGCCUGUGGGCCACCAAAGCCAACAUCGACGAAUAUCUUCACUUGGCCGACGAUCUAGAAAAGUUUUUUUUCGGACCGUGCGAACCGCAUGAUGAAAGCGGACUCUCUUUGAGGGGACCCUACUUCGAUGUGGCAGCGAAGCGUAUGAAAGUCUCGGACAUAAUCUCCUCUGUUAUUUCAUGGAAAGACAUGAAUUCAACUGGCUUGAGUUUGGAAACGGAAAUCAAACAACUCGUGAAAGACAUCGAAAAGGCUUCAGAUAUGGAUGACUCUCGAAAAUCGCCGAUUGCACUCUCGGAAUAUUCUCCAUGGCUCGCCGGUGUUUCCUUUGUUGGGAAAGGCGUUGAAAUGCCUGGCCAAUACGUGGGGUUUGGCGCCCCUGAUGUCCAGAAUUUCGUCACGAUUUCUUCCUUUGGACCCAGGGUUGAAACGAUGACAUCACUAAGAGCACCGAAAACGGUGACGAUCCGUGGUUCGGAUGGCAACGAAACCAAAUGGCUCGUAAAAUAUGGAGAAGAUCUCCGAAUGGACGAGAGAAUCCAGAAACUUUUCGGCAUCAUGAACGAAGUUUUCGAAAUGGAAUGUCCUUUUGAUCCCGCUGGUGAUGCAUUCAGGAUUGAAACUUACGCUGUGAUUCCGCUGACGCAAACAUGGGGAAUGAUACAGUGGGUCAAGGACACAGUUUCUCUCAACGAAGCGAUUUUCAGGGCGGAUAAUAAUCGGGAAAUGUUGGUUAAUUAUCGGAGAGCUGCUGAAGGCAAAUACGGAGAAUUUUUGCGUAAAUUCGGCUCAAAAGAAGAAGACAUCAUGGUUAGAUGCAGGAACAUGUAUCUGAAGGAACCGAUGGACCCGGACAUGUGUGAAGAGUUUUUCCAGGUCCUGUCAACACUGCCUUCGUGCAUGUUGAGAGACAUGGCACGCUCGUCAGCGUCGUCGUUUUAUUUGUUGAAACGACGCUUCGCCGUCAGCUGGGCAGUGAUGUCUGUGUGUCACUGGGUGCUCGGCAUUGGAGAUAGACAUUUGGGCAAUACGCUGAUCUCGACGCGAAACGGAUCCGCUGUCGGAAUUGAUUUCGGAAGGUCAUUCGGUUACGGCGUGAUUCAUCAGUCCGUGCCAGAACUGGUUCCGUUUCGAUUGACGCCAAGGAUUCUCGGGGUUUUGGCGCCUUACGGUGUUGAAGGAAAAUUCAAAUCCACGAUGAUAUCAACCCUGACUGCGCUGAGAAAACACCAGAAAGUCCUGCUUGCCACGAUGUCGGUGUUUGUGUGGGAACCGUCUCUCGAUUGGGCCAGAAACAAUGCCAUCUUUUCGAAGGACGAAAUUGAAAGCUCGGGAGAGUCGGAAAAGGCGUGGUACCCCGAGAAAAUCAAGGGUUUCGUGCGAGAUAAAUUGAAUGGAGCCAAUCCGGCGUCCAUUACGCGGCAGGAAUUAUUGAUGGGGAAACAUAACAAGGAGAAUUGUGCCGCGUAUUGCAAAGUAUUGUUCAGGAAAAGCGCUUUGAGGAACGCUUAUCCGUCGAGUGGGCUUUCCGCAGAAGAGCAAGUCGAUUGCCUGAUAGAUCAGGCCACAGAUAUUUCUAUUUUGGCAAGGAUUUUUUCUGGAUGGAGUCCGCACGUGUGAUUGCAUUCCCUGUUGUUUUUUUGAAGCUAAUGAACAUUUCAUGAGGCGCCUCUUCAAUUUUUUUGUUUGAGAUCAUUUUGAAAUAUCUUUCUCGUGACAUUUUUUGGGGUUUUUAUUUCCCUCAAGGUUUUUUAUUAUUUUUUAAUG